CCACAGGAGACGUAGUAUCCACACAGCAUGGCAGGGAAGCCUAAAUGUGUACUUGCCUACAGUGGUGGAUUGGACACGUCUGUCAUCCUCGUUUGGCUCAUUGAGAAGGGAUUUGAUGUGAUUUGCUACUGCGCGAACGUAGGCCAGCUGAAAGAGGAUUUCGACAAAGUUCGUGAAAAGGCCUUAAAAUGCGGGGCAUCCAAGGUGUAUAUCGAGGAUCUUCGAGAGGAGUUUGUGAAGGACUAUGUAUUCUGGGCGGUGAAGGCCAACGCCCAAUAUGAAGGACGCUACCUUCUGGGCACCUCCCUGGCCCGACCCGUCAUUGCCAAGCGGCAGGUGGAGAUCGCGCAGAAGGAGGGUGCCAAGUGGCUAUCCCACGGGGCGACUGGCAAAGGGAACGACCAGGUGCGGUUCGAGCUGUGUGCCCAAGCUUUGGACGCAGCCAUCCAGACGCUGGCCCCGUGGCGCGAGACGGAGUUUAUCGAGCGAUUCAAAGGACGCCAGGACCUCCUUGACUACGCGGCGGCCCACAAUAUUCAGGUGGAGGCCACCAAAAAGGCCUCCUAUUCGGUGGAUGAGAACCUCUACCAUACCUCCUACGAGAGCGGCAUGCUGGAGGAUCCGAUGGUCCCUCCCCUCAAGGAGAUGUUCAAGAUGACUGUGGACCCGGAGGACGCGCCUGACAAGGCCGAGAAGGUUCGGAUCGACUUCGAAGAGGGCGUGCCUGUCAAGGUGACGAACCACGACGACGGAACCGUGAAGACGGAGCCGCUGGAAUUGUUCCUGUACUUGAAUGAGCUGGCGGGAAAGCAUGGGGUAGGGCGCAUCGAUAUCGUGGAGAACCGCUUUGUGGGGAUUAAGAGCCGUGGCGUGUACGAGACCCCCGGGGGCCAGAUUUUGCGGGUGGCCCAUAUGGACCUUGAGGGUCUUUGUGUGGACCGGGAGGUCUUGCGUUUGAAGGAAGGGCACCAGCUGGAAUUUUCUCGUCUGUGCUACAACGGCUUUUGGUUUGCGCCGGAAAUGGAGCUGACCAAGGCGAGCAUUGAUUUCACCCAAAGGCGCGUCGCUGGGGGGGUGGAGCUGUCGCUGUACAAGGGAAACGUUACUGUGCUGGGGCGAGAAAGCCCGUACUCUCUGUACUCGGCAGACCUGGCCAGCAUGGAAAUUGAGGGCGGCGGAGCAGCUUUCGAUUACGUCCCUAUGGACGCACAAGGCUUUAUCCGCAUCAAUGCAGUCCGGCUCCGAGCGUACAAUGCGCUAGAACGCACCUUCAACAAAUGAGAUGGUUGGCAAGACAUAGAAGAAGAACUCAAUUAAUUGCAAUAACGCUGUGCGUAUUUGAUGAGGCCGAAGUGGAAAAGUGGGGCGUUCGACAGGCGAGAAGUGCUCGGGUAAGAGUAAUUCAUUUUUUUUGAGAGGUCAGGGCUAAUUUUGGUGUGCAAGGACGGCAGAAACGAGGUGUCAUUGCACGCAAUUUUUCCGGUGCGUCCCGAAAGUAACUGAAACUUACGUAUGAUUCCAAUAUAAGGGAAA